GGUGCGUGUGUCUGCGUGCGCGGGCGCGCGCCGUCCGAGCGGGGCGGGCCCGGCGGGUUUUGACUGCUCCGCGGUUCUGAGGCGGAGCGGAGGACAGGUCCGGGGGACGCUGCUUCCUCUACUCCUGGGCUGAAGGGGCGAGGGAGCUGAAGUUUCCUACUAGGACUGAGCAUUUGGUGAACCUUGACAAAUAACAGCUCAUGGUUGACAGAGAAAAAUUCAAGGGAGGAUGGAUGCAAAAGCUCGAAACUGUUUGCUUCAAUAUAGAGAAGCCUUGGAAAAGGACAUCAAAACGUCCUACAUCAUGGAUCGUAUGAUUAAUGACGGAGUUUUAACAAUAUCAGAGGAGGAAAAAGUAAAAAAUGAGCCCACUCAACAGCAACGAGCAGCUCUGCUAAUUAAAACAAUACUUAAAAAAGAUAAUUAUUCCUACAUAUCAUUCUACAAUGCUCUGAUACAUGAAGGGUAUAAAGAUCUUGCUGCCCUUCUCCAUAGUGGCAUUCCUGUCAUCUCUUCUUCCAACGGUGGCAAAGAUUCAGUUGGUGGAAUAACUUCACAUGUGAAGACAGUCCUGUGUGAGGGUGGAGUGCCACAGAGGCCAGUUGUUUUUGUUACCAGGAAGAAGCUGGUGAAUGCAAUUCGUCAGAACCUAUUCAAACUAAGUGAUGAACCAGGAUGGGUUGUCAUAUAUGGAAUGGCAGGUUGUGGGAAGUCUGUUUUAGCUGCAGAAGCUGUUCGAGAUCAUUUUUUCUUAGAUGGCUGUUUCCCAGGGGGUGUACACUGGGUUUCAGUUGGGAAACAAGACAAAGCUGGGCUUCUGAUGAAAUUGCAGAAUCUUUGCACACGGUUGGAUCAGGAUGAGAAUUUCUCUCAGAGGCCUCCACUCAAUAUUGAAGAAGCUAAAGACCGUCUUCGCCUUCUUAUGCUGCGCAAACACCCAAGGUCUCUGUUGAUCUUGGAUGAUAUUUGGGAUUCCUGGAUAUUAAAAGCUUUUGACAAUCAGUGUCAGAUUCUUCUUACAACCAGAGACAAGAGCGUUACAGAUUCAGUAAUGGGUCCUAAAUAUAUAGUCGCUGUGGAGAGUGACUUAGGAAAAGAAAAAGGACUUGAAAUUCUGUCCCUCUUUGUUAAUAUGAAGAAAGCAGAUUUGCCAGAGCAAGCUCAUAGUAUUAUAAAAGAAUGUAAAGGUUCUCCUCUUGUAGUGUCUUUAAUUGGUGCACUUUUACGUGAUUUUCCUAACCGUUGGGAUUACUACCUCAGGCAACUUCAGAAUAAGCAAUUUAAGAGAAUAAGGAAAUCUUCAUUUUAUGAUUAUGAGGCUCUGGAUGAAGCCAUGUCUAUAAGUGUUGAAAUGCUCAGAGAGGACAUCAAAGAUUACUACACAGAUCUUUCCAUCCUUCAGAAGGAUGUUAAGGUGCCUACAAAGGUGUUAUGUAUUCUCUGGGACAUGGAAACUGAAGAAGUUGAAGAUAUUCUGCAGGAGUUUGUUAAUAAGUCUCUCUUAUUCUGUGAUCGGAAUGGAAAAUCAUUUCGUUAUUAUUUACAUGAUCUUCAAGUAGAUUUCCUUAUAGAGAAGAAUCGCAAUCAACUUCAGGAUCUACAUAAGAAGAUAGUCACUCAGUUCCAGAAACAUUACCAGCCACAUACUCUUUCACCAGAUCAGGAGGACUGCAUGUACUGGUACAAUUUUCUGGCCUACCACAUGGCUAGUGCCAGUAUGCACAAAGAACUUUGUGCUUUAAUGUUUUCCUUGGAUUGGAUUAAAGCAAAAACUGAACUUGUAGGCCCUGCUCAUCUGAUUCAUGAAUUUGUGGAAUACAGGCAUAUAUUGGAUGAAAAGGAUUGUGCAGUCUGUGAAAAUUUCCAGGAAUUUUUAUCUUUAAAUGGACAUCUUCUUGGACGACAGCCAUUUCCUAAUAUUGUACAACUGGGUCUCUGUGAACCAGAAACUUCAGAAGUUUAUCAGCAAGCUAAGCUGCAGGCCAAGCAGGAGGUCGAUCACGGAAUGCUUUACCUGGAGUGGAUAAACAAAAAAAACAUCAAGAAUCUUUCCCGCUUAGUUGUCCGCCCCCAUACAGAUGCUGUUUACCAUGCUUGCUUUUCUGAGGAUGGUCAAAGAAUAGCUUCUUGUGGAGUUGAUAAAACCUUACAGGUGUUCAAAGCUGAAACAGGAGAGAAACUGCUAGAAAUCAAGGCUCAUGAAGAUGAAGUGCUUUGUUGUGCAUUCUCUACAGAUGACAGAUUUAUAGCAACCUGCUCAGUGGAUAAAAAAGUGAAGAUUUGGAAUUCUAUGACAGGGGGACUAGUACAUGUCUAUGAUGAGCACUCAGAGCAAGUCAACUGCUGCCACUUUACCAACAACAGUCAUUACCUUCUCUUAGCCACUGCAUCAAGUGACUGCUUCCUCAAACUCUGGGAUUUGAAUCAAAAAGAAUGUCGAAAUACCAUGUUUGGCCAUACAAAUUCAGUCAAUCACUGCAGAUUUUCACCAGAUGAUAAGCUUUUGGCUAGUUGUUCAGCUGAUGGAACAUUAAAGCUUUGGGAUGUAAAAUCAGCAAAUGAGAGGAAAAGCAUUAAUGUGAAGCAGUUCUUCCUAAAUUCAGAGGAGCCUCAAGAGGAUAUGGAAGUGAUAGUGAAAUGUUGUUCAUGGUCUGCUGAUGGCACUAGGAUAAUGGUGGCAGCAAAAAAUAAAAUCUUUCUAUUUGACAUUCAUACUGGUGGCUUAUUAGCAGAAAUCCAUACAGGCCAUCACAGCACCAUCCAGUACUGUGACUUCUCCCCCCAAAAUCAUUUGGCAGUAGUGGCUUUGUCCCAGUGCUGUGUGGAGUUGUGGAACAUGGACUCCUGUUUAAAAGUGGCUGAUUGCAGAGGACAUUUAAGUUGGGUUCAUUGUGUGAUGUUUUCUCCCGAUGGAUCAUCAUUUUUGACAUCUUCUGAUGACCAGACAAUCAGGCUCUGGGAGACCAAAAAAGUAUGUAAGAACUCUGCUAUAGUGUUAAAGCAAGAAAUAGAUGUUGUGUUUCAAGAAAAUGAAGUGAUGGUUCUUGCAGUUGACAAUAUAAAACGUCUGCAGCUCAUUAAUGGAAAAACAGGUCAGAUUGAUUAUCUGAUUGAAGCUCAGGUUAGUUGCUGUUGCCUAAGUCCACAUCUUCAGUACAUUGCAUUUGGAGGUGAAGAUGGAGCCGUUGAGAUUUUAGAACUCCUAAACAACAGAAUCUUCCAAUCCAGGAUUGGGCACAAGAAAACUGUGCGGCACAUCCAGUUCACAGAUGAUGGGAAGACUCUUAUUUCAAGCUCUGAUGAUUCUUCAAUUCAGGUAUGGAAUUGGCAGUCAGAGGAAUAUGUCUUCCUACAAGCCCAUCAGGAAACUGUGAAAGACUUUAAGCUCCUGAAAAAUUCAAAACUGCUUUCCUGGUCAUUUGAUGGAACAGUAAAGAUAUGGAGUAUUAUUACUGGAAGAAUAGAAAAAGACUUUGUCUGUCACCAGGAUACAGUACUUUCUUGUGAUAUUUCUCCUGAUGCUACCAAGUUUUCAUCUACAUCUGCAGAUAAGACUGCGAAGAUUUGGAGUUUUGAACUUCUUUCACCUCUUCAUGAAUUGAGGGGCCACAAGGGCUGUGUGCGCUGCUCUGUCUUCUCUGUGGACAGUACCCUGUUGGCGACUGGAGAUGACAAUGGAGAAAUCAGGAUAUGGAAUGUCUCAAAUGGUGAGCUGCUUCAUUUGUGUGCUCCGAUUUUGGUAGAAGAAGGAGCUGCUACCCAUGGAGGCUGGGUGACUGACCUUUGCUUUUCUCCGGAUAGCAAAAUGCUUGUCUCUGCUGGAGGAUAUCUUAAGUGGUGGAAUGUUGUCACUGGGGAAUCCUCACAAACCUUCUACACAAAUGGAACCUGUCUUAAGAAAAUACACGUUUCCUCUGACUUCAAAACAUAUGUGACUGUUGAUAAUCUUGGGAUUUUAUAUAUUUUACAGAUGUUAGAGUGAAGUAAGGAUUAAUGUAAGUUGAACUCUUUUUAGUUUUGAAUUGGAAAAAAUUCUAGUGAAAGUCUUUAUAUUUUGACUUUUGUGAAGCUGUGAAUUGUUCUGCAGUUAUUGCAUUCACUAUAGAAAUGUUUGUGGUUGGAUGAAUAAUAUUAAUGUAGUCUUUUCCCAAAUGAACACACCUUUAAUCUUGUUAUUCAUAAUCCUCAUCAUCAUUGUUAACAGUUCGUCUUUUAAGAUGCAUGUGAAAAUGUAAAUAUGUACCUUGUAAUACUGUUGGUAAAAUUCUCUCGAUGCAUUCAAAUUGGUUGACAUAAUUAACGAGAAUAAUUCGGAGGAAAUAAUGUAUUUUAAUGGUAUUAUUAUGCAGACUGUGCCUCAAGGUAGCAGACCUGCUUUCUGAACCAGUGUACCCCAAGGGGUAUAGUUCUCCCAAUUACAGUCUUAGUGCUUAUUUGUACCUCUUAAAUUUGCUUUAAAAAUAUUAUGUCUGCUUGCACAGUUUGCAACUUUUAAUUCACUCAAUAAGUGAGUGUUAGAUUUUAAAAUUUCUUUGAAGCAAAAGUGCUUAUGGAGCAAAAAUUGUAUGUGCUGGAGAGAGUAGAUCUUACUGGUCUACCUUUUCGUCACUAGCUGAUGGCACCCCUGUGCUGCAGCUGGACUCUAGUUGUCAGUCUCUGAGUUGGGUGCUUGCUGUUCUGCUUGCUCUGGUUUUUUAUGUAUCAGACUUGUUACUUGAAUGAACUUGACCUUUCUUAAUUUUCAUUUUUUUCUUCUUUUUUUAAAGCAGUUCUACAAGUGAAUUUUUGUAAAUUAGAAUAAUUGAGGAGCUGGUUUUCAUUUGAAGUUUUAACAGAAUUUUUCUAAGAAUAUAAAACAGUAAAAAAACAUUUUCUUCUAGUCUCUUUACUCAGAUGAAUGGCAUUGUCAACACUGUUCUCAAUUCUUCAAGAGAAUUCUCUAUGGUUUUCUAUGCAAUAACAGAAGAGUCAUUGUGACUCUGGAAGAUGUCACUUUUAACCUACCAGCUCUUCUGUUGUCUUCUCCUUUUCUCCUCCUUCUCUCUCCCUCUCACACUUCUUCAUUCCCUCCCUCCCUUCCUCGCUGCAAGGUUAAUCAGGAAAGAUAGCUCUUGACAGGGAAAAAGUACAUCAGUAUCAGUAACUAGCUUUUUUUUUUUAACCUUCUGGUUAGGAACUUUAAUUGCAGUUUAAAUAUCCAUUUCCCCUGACAAUAUAUUGUUAAGGGAAAUAGCAAUAAAUUAGCAAUAGAUGUGGUUCAUAUAAGAAAAUAACCAAAAUUUAAAAAUUUUGCUGCUGCAGUAGUUACUAAAUCGAAAAAAAUAUUAGUGUUAAUAGUAGGUAAGUAGUGAGCCAGCAUUUAUUGGUGUGUAUGAAAUGUGGAGUAGGUGGGGGGGGGGCCUACACCACUCCAGGUGUAUUUAGAUUAGAUAAUACUAUUUAGCAUUUAAGGGAGCCAUAAAUAGAAUUGUUAAGGAGAUUGGGAUGAUGGAUGGGUCGAGGAACUAGUUUAUAGGCUUACUGUGAUUUAAGCAAAUGUUGAUGUGAAAAUCUUAAUUUUAUGAAGAAGUUUCUGUAAAUGAUAUAUUGUGCGUAGAGUAUCCAAAUAAUUGAUUUGCAUACAAUGUUUAGGAACUCAUUUAUAGCUCAGAGUAUAAAGUAUUAACUUUUGGAAUUAUAAGCCACUUGACUGUUAAAGUAUGGAAGAAACAUUGGCUUCUGAAAAACCUUGAUUGGGCCCUUGUCUUUAAAAUGAAAAGAAAAAUGGGAAGAAAAGGUAACAUGACAAAAAGGCAAGGUUAAAAAGAAAAAGAAGUCAAGGUAAAGCCUAGUAUAAUGGAGCUGCAUAUUUCAAGGCAGCUCAAGUGGUCAGUCAAGGGGAGGAUUUAGUUUUGUACUUGCAGAUGAGCAUUUUUCAAGUAUUUUCCCUUUAUUUUUUGUAAUGGAAAUUACAUUACAUUUUGUAUAUAUAAAGACUUUUUUUUACAUUGUAUGUAUCUUGUAUGUUUUGAAAACUUGUUAGUUUUGUAUUUAUGAUACAAGUCACGGGGUUUUUUUUGCCUUUUAAUACAUGAAGUAAAAAAAAUUUAUAAAAAAUAAAAUCCCGAAAUAUUUUUGAAACACAUUUUCAGAUUGUUGAGGCUGUCAUUUGUUGAUUAGAAAACAAAUGUGAAAGAUUCUUCAAAUGAAAGCAGUCAUCCUUUCUAUUGAUGCUUUAUCAACUGUGUCUAAUUCAGUUUUAAUCAACAUUUUAUCUCCUCAGUUUACCUCUGAUAAUUGCUACCUGGUGUGGCUGACAUAGGAUUCUGUAAAGAAGAGAAUUCAUUUAUUUAUUCUUCCAUUCAGUAAAUAUUUAUUGAGAUUUUCCGUGUGCCUGGCAUUUUUGUAGGAAUUGGAGAUGUAAAAGUGAGCAAAACAGCCUGCCCUAUUGCAGUUCAGGGCCAAGGAGAGGCAAACAAAAAGCAAAUAAGUAGAAUCUGUAGUGUAUUAGUUGAUAUGUUUAAAUGGGGAGGGGGGAAGCGUUACUGUUUCAGAUGGAGUUGCUCACUGAGAAGGUGACACUUGAGUACAUUUGUGAAAGGCGAGGGUGUGAGUCGUCCAGGUACCUGGAGAGAUUCCCAGGUGAGAGUGCAGUGAGCACAGAGACAGGUCAGUGGAGGGGUAGCUCUGUUACAGAGCUGGGAAGGAGGCUGGUGUGGCUGGAGGAGGCUGAGUAGGGAGUGUCACACAAGAUGCAUCACUGUGCAGGGCCUGCUAGGCCACAGUAAGAGCUUUUACUUGAGAUAGGAGCUACUGGAGGAGUUUGGGCAGUGGAGUGAUCUGACGUAAGCUUUAAUUGGUUCCUCUGGCAGUGGGAACCAGUUGAGAAUUAGUUGAAAAGGGGGACAGGCAAGACUAGAAGCAGGGAUACCUGUGAGAAGCUUUUGCAAUAAUUUGGGCAAAGCGAAGGCAGCCAGAGUAUGGUAGGUAGCAGCAGUAGGGGGAGUGUGACAGUUGGAUUCUGGAUAUAUGACUGAUGAGAGUUAAAAGGAUUUGCUGGUGGAUUGGAUACAGGUUGUGAGAGAGACAAAUUAAGAAUGACACCAAGGUUUUGGCUCUUUGGCUUGAGCUACUGGAAGAUUAGAGUUGCCAUUAAUUGAGAUGAAGAUAGUUAUGGAAGGAGCGGGGCUUUGGACGUAGAAGUUUGCAAUGGCCAUUAGGCAUCCAAGUGGGGAUGUUGAGUUGGGGGUUGGAAAAAAGGGUCUGAAGUUGUGGGGAAAAUCUGUGAUGGAGAUAUAAAUCUGAGAAUCAUUUGUGAAUCAAAUAUAUUUAAAACCACAGGCUCAGAUGAAAUCAGUAGUGAAACAGGUGUUGAUAGACAAGCUUGGAGUCCUAAGCCAGAGUCCAAGGCAGUCUGAGGUUGGUGAGAUGAGGGACCAGCACAAGAGACUGAGAAGGACCACAGAGAGUAAGAAUUGCAACGUGGUGUGGUAAGUUACAGUGAAUGCAGUGGGUGUGGGUCUUUUAACUCAGUGUGAUUUGGGCAGUUUCUUUUUUGGUUUGUUUGUUCAGCCACCUGCUUGUCUUUUCUGUACGGCUUGCAUAUCUACUGUUCGCCAAGCACUAUUUUAAGUAGCAGCCAGGGUGAUAAGUAAAUACAUUUUAGUUGUUGGGAGAGAUUGGGAACAAUAGGUAAUAAGAAAACAAGAAAAUAGCAGUAGUUUUAUCUGUAAAGUGGGUAUCCAUUCUUCUCACGAUUGUUUAAAGAUUUAGUAAGAUAAUGCUCAUGAAGUACUUACCUCAGUGCUUGGGCCAAGAAAGUGCUCAAUGAAUGUUCCUUGGUGAUGUUCGAGUCCCAUCAUCUCUGGCCUGCCAAUAGUUCCCUGACUGCUGUCUCUGCCGCUAGCCGUACCCUCUGCUUAUUAAUCUUUCCAAAGUGCUCAUCUUCAUCUUGUCACUUAAGACCCCGGACCUGCUAUGUGCUUUCUUGCCUCUGUGUCUUUGUAUAUGCUCUUUUCUAUACUGCCCAUCUCCUACCUAAGUUUUUCCCCUAAUUGCUUCUUACACUUCAUAUAUUCUUUGAGAUAACCUUUCUGCUGGAGGUUUGCCCAGCCCUCUCGUAGUGCCUUCCUUUCUCUGCCAUGACUUUUAUCGCCCUUUGUUGUGUACUUGUUGGAGUCCCUCCUUAGAACAUAAGCUCCAGGAAGCCAGCUAUAGGUCUUUUACAGCACAGUCUAACAUAAAUGUGGUGCCAGUUGGGAGUCUCAACAAAUAUUUGUUCAGUGAUUGAAAUUUUUGUAUAUGCGCUUGUAUGCCCAUAGUGCAUUCUCUCUUCUCCCUCUGUACUAGGAUAUCAGGAGGCUAAUUAAGAAGUAGCACACCACCAGCAUUUUCUUUAUAUUUCUGUUUUAGUUUGGCAUUUUAUUGUGAAGCAUCAUUAGAGGAAAGUAAAACUUGAAUAAAAAAAGAUUUGCUUCUA